UUUCAAUAUUUUAUUUGCUUGCAUUAAAGCACGUGGACGUUUUGAAUAUUGCGUACUUGUUUUCGUGUUGCCUUAGAAUAUGGGGAAAUCCAAGAAAGAAAACAAGAGUAGUAACGCUACUGAAUCAGUUACACUGAAGAAGGAGGUUUCAGUGUUACAGGGUGUGAGUAUUGUCGUCGGUGUUAUCAUUGGUUCUGGUAUAUUUGUUUCACCUGUCGGAGUUCUGAAACAUACUAAAUCCGUCGGAUUGUCAUUUAUUAUGUGGACUAUCACUGGAUUAUUCAGUGCAUUAGGCGCCAUCGUGUACGCUGAACUAGGUGUUACUAUUCCUCGAUCUGGUGGAGAAUAUAUAUACAUACUCCAGACGUUCGGACCUUUACUUGCCUUCCUAUCUUUCUGGAUUACAUUCGUCGUAAUUGGAUCUGCAAGUUGUGCGGCAAAUGCACUUAUUUUCGCCCAGUAUAUUCUUCGACCUGUUUAUAUGGACUGUGUUACUCCUCCUAUCGCGAUACGCACCGUUGCAGUGCUAGGACUGCUUCUUCUUUGCUUUGUGCACUGUUUUAGCGUUAAACUGGCAACGAAAGUCGCUGUUGUUUUCACUGCUUGUAAGGUUAUAGCUUUACUUAUCAUAAUUGGUUUCGGCCUCUACUAUCUGGGAAAAGGCAAUGUUGAGAGUUUCAAAGACCCCUUUGAAGAUAGCGAAAAAUCACCCGGUGAACUUGCAUUGGGUUUUUACCAAGGGUUUUGGGCUUUUUCUGGUUGGAAUUAUCUCAACUUUUUGACAGGAGAAGUAAAAAAUCCUGGGAGGACACUACCAAUCGUAAUUAUACUCUCACUCACAACAGUAACGCUCAUCUACAUUUUGACCAAUGUGGCCUACCUUGCAGUUUUAUCACCAUUAGAAGUUCUUGCCUCAGAAGGUUCUACUGCAAUAGCUGUGAGCUUUGCAUCAAGAACCAUGGGGGUUGUGGGUUUGGUAAUGCCAGCACUUGUGGGUGCUUCAGUCUUUGGCAGCAUAAAUGGUGAGGUAUUCUCUAUUUCCCGACUAGCAUUUACUGCUGGUGAAGAAGGACAUAUGCCUGCUCUUCUUUCAAUGGUUAAUAUUGACCGUUUAACUCCAAUUCCAUCUAUAUUGAUUGUAGUAACUCUAUCUGUAAUUUUUCAACUGUUCGAUGACAUACUUUAUUUGAUCGAGUUAACGGGAUUUGCUUUCUCUGUAAUAUCUGCGAUGGCUGUUUGUAGCUUACUCUACAUUCGUCGUACAAAUCCUCAAAUGAAUACAUCGGGAUUUAAAUUACCAAUUGUUUUUCCUGUGUUGUAUUUAAUUGUGGACAUCGCUAUUGGAAUCCUUGCAAUCUAUCAAAAGCCGACAGAUUGUGCAAUUAGUCUUGGAGUAAUGUUACUAGGUGUUCCAGUUUACAUUUUUGGGGUGGUAUGGAAGAACAAACCAAGAUCAAUUAGAUCUUUAAUAUAUGGUGUCACAAUCACUUUCCAAAAAGUUUUAAAAGUUGUUGAACAAGAAAAAGUCUCUGACAUAUUAGAAUUAGAUGGUCAUUUAAAAUCUGUUGGUGAUGAACUAGAAAUAUCAUAAAAACAUGAUGAUAAUAAUAAUAAUAAUAAUAAACAUUAAAUAAAAAGCUGCGCUUUAUUCUUGUUCCCAUUCAACAAAACAAAGUACAUUUUAUUUCUAUAUCUAUGAAAUUUUCUAUUAUGAUUCUGUCAUGAACAUUUUUUUAAAAAAAUUAAAUUAUUUUCAUUAUUCUUUAUUAUUACUACUACCUGAAUUAUUUCUGCUGAAUAUCAUUGCUUCUUUUCUUUUUCUUUUAAAAAAGAAAAAAAAGAAAAGAAACAAUAUUGCGCCUAAAAUUACACUUGAAAUUCAUUCAAUCAAAAUAUUGUUUCUAUCAUUUGUAAAUUGAAGGUAACAUUUUGUUUUAGUUGUUUGUUGGUUUGUUUGUUUUCAUUUUUCCAUAGAAUGCAAUAUAAAACAUUAUGCUUAUUCAUUUGAUGUUGUGUUGCAAAGAGAUUUUUUCGCUUUUUUUUUAUUCUUAAAGACUUAUAUUCAAUUUGUUGACAUCUUCAUUGCCAGUUUUAUUAUUAUUUUAUCUUUGUGAAUUCUUAUUUUUUAAUCCUAGAUAGGUACGUUUUUCUUAUUCUUUAGGUGAUUCACCUUAUAUGAUCAGUAGAAUAAUUUUCUUUUCUUUUUAAGAAAAAGUUUUUUGUAUAUCCUGAAUUGCUUUGAUAUAGAUCCUUUUUAAUGGAUUGCAAAUUCAUGUGUAUGUAUAUAGUUUAUACACAAAAUUCUUGAUAAUUUUGAAUUAAUAACUAAAUAUAAUUGGCCAUUUGUAAAGAUUUAUUCAAGUUUAUGAUUAGCUAAUCAUUGAUUAG